AUGCCCUCCACGCUACUCACUGUGCUUAGUGCUCUUCUCAGCUUCGCGACCCUCGUCUUGUCUUUAGGAACGUCGUGUUCUGCACCUCUCGGUGCUGGAACCGCUGCGCCAACUGAUCCCUACUGGAUGCAGAACAUCAAGCAUCAGGGUACGGCUGCAUUUAACUCUAACCCAAGUGGUUACCAGGUAUUUCGCAACGUCAAGGAUUUCGGUGCCAAAGGCGAUGGUGUUACUGACGACACCGCUGCUAUAAAUAAUGCCAUCUCAUCGGGAGGUCGAUGUGGGGGAGGUUCUUGUGCAUCAUCCACUGUAUCCCCAGCUGUAGUCUUUUUCCCGCAAGGAACCUACCUCGUCUCUUCACCCAUUAUCGCAUACUAUUACACACAACUAAUCGGCGAUGCUCGUGUUCCUCCUACCCUGCUUGCAUCGCCCUCCUUCGCUGGUAUGGCUGUAAUAGAUGCUGACCCUUACAUCCCGAACGGAGGUGGCGCACAGUGGUACACAAAUCAGAACAACUUCUUUCGCUCCGUACGAAACUUCGUGAUUGACGUCAGACAGUGGGUCUUGCGUUUUCAUUCUUGGAGUCCUUUGAUUCUAACUGGUAUUCAACUUAGAGUUCCUGCUACGAAUAGCCAAGGGACUGGUAUUCACUGGCAGGUGGCCCAAGCGACAAGCCUGAUGAAUAUCGUCUUCGAGAUGUCCACAGCAGCUGACACCGCACACCAAGGUAUCUGGAUGGAGAAUGGAUCUGGAGGCUUCAUGGGUGAUUUAGUAUUCAAUGUGAGGUCUGGAAUAGGGAGGCAAAUUUGGAAUGUGGGUUGGCAACCAACAGUAAGUUGUAUUAUCGUCGUCGCCGGAAGGACUAUCAUCGACUAUGAACUAAGAUUCACUGUUCGAAACAUCACUGUCAAUAACGCCAACACUGCUGUCUUUGGGAUUUGGAACUGGGGCUGGACAUUUCAAGGGGUUACCAUUAAUAACUGCCAAGUGGGCUUUGAUCUCACGACUGGUGGAUUGACUGAGUCAACCCAGACUGUCGGCGGGGAAGCCAUUAUUGACGCUGUGGUAUCAAACACACCGAUCUUUGUUCGCACGUCGCAGCCUAGCAACGGCAAACUUGCUGGCUCUAUUGUUAUAAACAACGCUCAGCUGACGAAUGUCCCAACUGCAGUUGGAGUAGUUGGAGGAGCCACCGUGCUCGCUGGUGGUACGACUACCAUAGCCUCAUUUGGCCAAGGAAAUGUUUACAAAGGAACAAAUGGCGCAUCAACCUUUACUCAAGGAAGUAUUCCUGCAGCAAACAAAGCGUCAUCUUUGCUAGAUAGUGCAGGUCAUAUAUUUGGUAAAAUGCAUCCCCAGUACACCAAUUAUGCUGUCAGCCAAUUCGUCAGCGUCAAAGACAAUGGUGCAAAGGGAGAUGGUCACACCGACGACACAGCUGCCCUUAACGCAAUAUUUGCCAAGUUUUCGGGUUGUAAUAUCAUUUUCUUCGAUGCUGGGACAUAUAUUGUAACCCAGACCCUCACCAUACCUGCAGGCACCCAAAUAGUCGGAGAGGGCUGGUCUGUGAUUGCGGGGUCAGGUGCUGCUUUCCAGGAUAUAAACAACCCGAAGCCCGUUGUGCAGGUGGGGGCUGCGAAUUCUCAAGGCAUUAUGGAGAUUAGCGACAUAAUAUUUUCCACCGUGGGACCCACUCCGGGUGCGAUAGUAGUUGAGUGGAAUGUCAAACAACCUGCUGGACAAAACGGUGGAGCCGGAAUGUGGGACUCGCACAUCAGGCUCGGAGGCGCUGCGGGAACCAACCUCGAAUCUGCCCAAUGCCCUUCAAGCGGCACUGGUGGUACAGCAGCAUGUUUUGCCUCUUUCCUUGCUCUAUAUUUGACAGCUGGGUCUACUGCCUAUCUUGAGGGUGAUUUAAAUUUGUACAUGGAUCAUGACCUUGACGGAGAUGGUGUAUCGCAACUAGAGUUGUUUUCUGGAAGAGGGAUCCUUUCAGAGUCUGCUGGUCCGGUUUGGAUGAUUGGCACAGCUGAACAUCAUGCGUUGUACCAAUAUUCUUUGGUCAACGCUCAAAAUCAUUACAUGGGCUUAAUUCAAACCGAGACACCUUACUAUCAGCCCUCCCCUGCUGUACCUUCGCCUUUUUCAUUAAACUCUGCCUUCAAUGAUCCAACGAUCUUUGGUGGGAGUAGCGCUUGGGCAUUGCAUGUCACAUCUUCUUCCAAUAUCCUGGUAUUCGGUGCCGGACUUUAUAGUUUUUUCCAGAGCUUUGGACAAGACUGUCUGGACUCCAACAAUUGCCAGUCGCAAAUCUUGAAUGUUGAUUCCACUUCAUCGAUCAAUUUGUAUAGUGUCACUACAGUCGGGACAACCUUUCAGCUCAGCGUCAACAAUAAUGGUGUCGUGAAUCAAUCGGGAAAUGUGGAUGGGUUUGCCUCAACUUUGACAAGUUGGAGCCAGAGUUAG